AUGGGACAGCAGUUCACCAACGCUGAAGGGGAGCCAGCAGAGAUUGAUGUUGCCGAAUUGCAGGAAUGGUAUAAGAAGUUUGUGGUUGAAUGUCCCAGUGGGACCCUCUUCAUGCACGAAUUCAAGCGGUUCUUUGGAGUCCAGGAUAACCGUGAAGCAGCAGAGUACAUUGAAAACAUGUUCAGAGCUUUUGAUAAGAAUGGGGAUAAUACCAUUGAUUUUCUGGAAUAUGUAGCUGCCUUGAAUCUUGUUUUGCGAGGAAAACUGGAACACAAGCUGAGGUGGACAUUCAAAGUAUAUGACAAGGAUGGGAAUGGCUGCAUAGAUAAACCUGAGCUGCUGGAAAUUGUUGAGUCCAUCUACAAGCUGAAGAAAGUGUGUCGGUCGGAGGUGGAGGAGAGGACCCCAUUGCUCACACCAGAGGAGGUUGUGGACAGGAUAUUUCAGUUGGUCGAUGAGAAUGGGGAUGGGCAGUUGUCUCUUGAUGAGUUCAUUGAUGGGGCCAGGAAAGACAAGUGGGUGAUGAAGAUGUUGCAAAUGGAUGUGAACCCUGGGGGAUGGAUCUCUGAGCAGAGGAGAAAGAGUGCUUUGUUUUGAGAAAAUUCGGUUCUGAUACAGCUGAAAAUGUGAUGCUGACUACAUCUGUGACUCUCUUACUCCAGAGUGGUAGUGGCUUUCCUUUUUAAUACGAUCUCAGCAUCCAGAUGAAAACUUCAGUGGUUUAAGAAGCCAUAUCUCAACCUAAAACCCAUGAGCUGCCCACUGCUGGUACC